GUUACUUUCAUUCCCAACUCAUUGUCUCGACUUUCCGCGAUUGAUUUAGAUGGAUUCCGAUCAGAGCGCAGAGAACGCACAAUCAGACAGGAUGAGCAGAGCAUUCUCCGAGCUGUCUUCGUAUCAUUCCGGAACAUCAGUGGUUUCUAGCAAUCUCUCUAGUGGAGAAACUGGCGACAGCGAUGCUAGCAGCGCCUCAGAUGAAGUAACCUCAUCUGAUUUAGAAGGCUUCACGACGGACUCCGAUUUUGAAACCGAGGAGACUAGCGAAACUUCGACACGCUCGCCACACUCCAGUGAUACUUCUUAUGGUCUCACUGCUCUGAUCGAAGAAACAGACAGGCAAAAAUUAGCUGAAUUUGUCCAUCUUCGACCAGAAGACCGCAGAUGGAUCGAUGCCGCCUGGACUUAUUUUGAUAAGGAACCCGUAUAUCGAAGACAAGCAAAGCCAGUCAAAGUUGUAAGAAAGAUGCGCACGAAAAUUAUGGGUAAAGUAAAUUGGACGGAACUGCAACAUGAAUACAACUUACGCCAUCCCCUGUGUGCUGCACAAAAAGCUACGGAAGAUUUGCAAAGACUAUCAAUUGAAGCUCGCUACAUGCCAUUACCAGAUCUCAAUGUCUAGAUGUGAAUGUAGAUCAAUUUAAUGCUGAAAAAAUA